GUAUCUCAUCCACAUGGGUGCAGCAAGCAGGUCAGCAUCGGCACCUGGAGGGACCGCGACGUGGUGGACAGGUCGAAGGAGUUUGAGAACUGCGUUUACACCUAUGACACCCCGACGUGCCCGGGCAGCAGCGGCGCCCCGGUCUGGAUACUGGGGAAGAUGAAAUGGGGAGGAUUCUAUGGUCGGCACCCGCACAGCGGGCGUCCCGAGACCGGUUUGAACGUCAGCGCUGUGGGG